AUGGCAGAAGCAUGCCAUAACCUUCCCCCUGCAACAGAGCUCUCCAAUGCAGAGCGCUUCAAAGCUACGCACCUCGCUGCGCGCCACGGCAACUACCACCAAUAUUACGCCAAGUUCCGCGCGCCCACCGUUCCGGAUGAGCGCCUUUCCAUUCUCCCACCAGACAUCCUCCGCAACGCUCGAGUCAUUGACCUAGGCUGCAAUGCGGGUAAACUGACCUAUGAGGCGAUAGCGCACUGCGGCGCGGCCGCAUCAGUUGGCGUCGAUAUCGACCCGUGGCUAGUCGAGCAGGCGAAGGCGGCGUACCCGGAAGGGCCAUGUACAUUUGAGCACUUUGACUUCGUGAAUACGCCCGCGUAUACAGGUACCGCACUAGGCAAGUUUGACGUCGUCUUACUACUCUCCGUGACCAAGUGGAUACAUCUCAACAACGGGGACUCCGGGAUAUUAAAGCUAUUUGCGCAUAUACAAAGCAUACUGAAUGAGGGGGGUUAUCUCGUCGUGGAGCCGCAGCCUAUGAGUAAUUAUGCGAGGGCCUCAAAGAGGAAUAAAGAAUUGAGAGAGACGUAUAAGACCAUCCAGAUCAGGCCACCGUUCGAGGAUGAGUUGAAAGCGCUGGGAUUUGAGAGGAUACUGCAAGUUGAGAGGGACGAGGAAGGGUUUGCGAGGCCUGUACAUGUUUGGAAAAAAAGUGUAGUAUCAUAA